AUGCUCCAAGCACGAGACCGUCCUCCUGUCGAAGAAGCCAUCCAUUCACUCCCACACGACGCGUCAACAGUGACCACUCCUCCCACGACAACGACAGCAACAACGACGGCGAGCAACCGCCCCAGACACCACCACGAUGGCCAGCCUCGCGCGCCGGUCCCCCACGGCGUGGAAAUCACCACGCGGGCCGACCUCUCGCUGCUCUACCGCGUGCUGCGAGCCGUGAUCAAGCCGCUCCGUCCUCGUCUCGUCCGGCCCCGCGACCCAGCCCAGCCGGCGGGGUCGCCGCGUCUGUCGCCGCCGAAGAAGCGGAACGUUGAGAUCGCCGAGACGCGGUGUGAGGGCGUGUGGAUGUACCGGGUUCGCGCGACCGGGGGAAAGGGGAAAGGGGGCGUUGAAAGGGCAGGGGGCCCAAGAGGGGAUGGGAUGUCUGCCGCUGGCGGUGGGGGAUUUGGGAAUCUCGCGAGUGGCGUGGUGAGCGACGGCAGCACUGGCCACCACGGACAGGCCGUGAAUCCUCGAGGCUGCGGACGCAGACACCGCGUCUACUACUUCUGCGGCGGCGGGUUCCAAACCCCUCCUGCGCCCGAGCACUGGCGCUUCCUGGCCCUGCUCACGCAGGACCUGGCGAACCGUCGUCUUCACCCUCCAGCCGCCGAGAAUAGUCCACGUGCCGACAUCUUGCGUCGGGAUAUGGACAUCGAGCUGGUCCUCGUGAGUUACCCGCUCGCGCCGAACAGUCCGGCGAGAGAGAGUCUGCGGGUUCUCAAGCAGUGGUUGACGAAGGUGCUGGACGAGGCGGUGGAGAAUGGGGAUACGCUGAGUCUGAUGGGUGACAGCAGCGGUGGGAACGUCGUGCUGAGUCUGGGAUUCUGGGCCGUGCAGAAUUAUGCAUUGACACCACAGCAGCAGCAGCAGCAGCAGCAGCAAGUCUCUCCCAGAGCGGAUCCAUCCCUCGCCGACGAUGGGACCAUGCGACCACCCAACGGGACACCGAGGACGAGUCCUAGAUUCCCACUCACGUCCCUGAUCAGCAUCUCAGCUCCUACGGACCUGACGAACAGCAACCCGCAAAUUCGCGAGGCGGACAAGCUCGACUGUGUCCUCACGGCAGCAUUGACGCGGGAGGUCGCAGAAGUCUGGACCGGGAACAGGAACAGCGACGGCAACGGCCACGGUCCCAAGAACCAGGAUCCGUCCUCGUACGGAGCGAUCCCGCUUGCCGAUUCCAGCGUCUCGCCCCUCCGCAACCCUGAAGCCGCCUUCCACGCUCUGAAGGACCGUCAGGUAAACGUGCACGGGGUCCUGGGCACGCACGACGUGCUGGCGCCGGACGGGAUCGAGUUCAUGCGCAAGUGCCAGAGGCUCGGCGUGACGGGGAAGUGGUUGGUGUGGGAAGGGCAAAUGCAUUGUUUCCCUCUGGCAGGCGGAGGGGGUGUGAUUGGGAUCAGGGAAGGGAGAGAAGGGCGGGGGUUUGUCGUGGAUUUGCUUCGGAGGGAUUGCGAACGGGAGGGUCAAAUGAUGUAUUAA